CAUAAAUCCCCACAUACAUGUUAGACAGCCGCUAGUUGGCUAACGGCAUCAACCGAAACCUACGGAACAGGAGCUUUGUCGACCGGGGGUUACUUCACCUGGCACACCGCACUUAUCCAGCCUUUAAGCAGGGGGGGAAACAUAGUUAAUCCGAAAAUAAGACGUUGAAACCACGAGGGAAAGCGAGGUUUAAUCGAAGGACGGUGUAACACAACGUCUGUCGCUCGGUGGAUUCAGACCGCCAGCUAGCUUUGUUACAACUCCGCGCAUACGUAGUUUUAGCUCGCCAGCCAGCUUACUACGCUAACUCGAGAAGAAAGGCCGUCGAGUUGACCUAGCGUCAAGUUAUUUAACGAGGCAGCGAAUCAUCCUGGCAUAUCAAGGUUGCCCCUCGCAGCUUGGAUCGGAAACCCGUCAAACUAAAGAGCAGAACACCGAGAGAGGAUGGCACUGAAAAGGAUUCACAAGGAGCUUAACGACCUGGCUCGUGACCCUCCAGCACAGUGCUCAGCCGGCCCAGUGGGUGAUGAUAUGUUUCACUGGCAAGCCACAAUCAUGGGACCUAGUGACAGUCCAUAUCAGGGAGGUGUUUUCUUCUUGACAAUUCAUUUUCCAACAGACUACCCCUUCAAACCACCCAAGGUUGCAUUUACAACAAGAAUUUACCACCCAAAUAUUAACAGUAACGGCAGUAUCUGUCUGGAUAUUCUCAGAUCACAGUGGUCUCCAGCACUUACUAUUUCUAAAGUUCUUCUCUCCAUUUGCUCACUCCUAUGUGACCCAAACCCCGAUGACCCACUAGUGCCAGAGAUCGCACGAAUCUACAAAACAGAUAGUCAGAAGUACAAUAAACUAGCUCAGGAGUGGACAGCGAAGUAUGCCAUGCUUUAGGAUACACCAAAAUGGCAAAAGAAUGGACACAAAAAUACGCAAUGUGAUGGCAUCGUUCGGAAAGCUGGUGGAAAACGUUGUCGCUGGUUCAAACUUAAAAUUCCAGGAUUCUGUUUUUCUUUUUCACUUUAUUUUUUUUGUUAAUCAGCAUUUUACCCCCUCUACCCCCUCUUUUUCCACCUGCGCGCUCAUAAGAAGAUAGUGUUUUCUCUCUAGGACACGUGCCAGUUUCUGUGAGGUUUUCGACUCCCGUUUUGUAUGGAGUUUAAAAAAAUAAUAAAUAUCACCAUGGUUCUGAACACUCGGCUUGAGCAUGCACCAGUAAGAGUUUUUCAACCCAAAAUUGGUGAUGUUAGUCAUUUACUCUGCACACACUUAGUAGAAUCUGAUGCGACUGGUCUCCUGAAGCUGGACAGUAUAUCAACCCCACAAUGGUCCAGCUGGUUCUCGUGGGAGUUGAUAUUUAUUGUGCUGUUGGAUCGGUUUCUCAGGGCAUUUCUAGAGAAGCCUGUCUUUUGCCAUGCCCAUAAAUUCAGAAUUUUAAUGUUUCACAUUGGCAAAAUUCUGUCUUCAUUUAUUUGAAAGCGAAAAUCUGAAAUGGGGAAAUGCCAAUGCUCUGGAGGAUUUUGGAAACUUAGUGGCUCCUGGACUGGUGUGACGUCAGUAUGUUCUUCUGAUCAUUAGUAUAGGGAUUUAUUACCUGAGGAAAGAAGUGUAUCUUAUUCCACUAUCAAAGUGUGUGUACAGAGAAGCACAGCAGUAUAUAUCAAUGUUAAGGAAACAAAAUAUAAGAACUUCAAUGUUGUAUUUUAUGCAUGUUAAUAAAGGUAGGCUAUUAUAUCUGAUAUGUUUCUGCAAAUUAAGUGGAUUGUAAGGCUGAACAGUUGGAAAAAUUUGGUUCCCCUCGAAGGCUUCCUGUUUCUUUUUGUUCUUUAGAAGCCAGUAGAUGAGCAGUUAGUUUUAUGCCCACUCGAACACUGUCUUCUUGUAGCCCUAAAAUAUUGAUGCAAAGCUAAUGGUUGAUAAUCAACUCGUGGCUCUGUUUCUUUUUAGUUUUCCCUUCAAUAAAGUUACUUAAACCAUAAAA